GUUGCUCCUGCGCCCGGAAGUGCUCUGUACCGCCCGCCCCCCACCCGGCUCCCUGGCCCUGGCGGUAAGAUGGCGGCGGCCGCGGAGUGCGAUGUGGUAAUGGCGGCGGCGGCAGCCGAACCCGAGCCCGAGCUGCUGGAUGACGAGGAAACCAGGAGGGAAGCAGAAUCUUUCAAAGAACAAGGAAACGCGUAUUAUGCCAAGAAAGACUACAAUGAAGCUUAUAACUAUUAUACAAAAGCCAUAGACAUGUGCCCUAAAAAUGCUAGCUAUUAUGGUAACCGAGCUGCCACAUUGAUGAUGCUGGGGAGGUUCCGGGAAGCGUUGGGAGAUGCCCAGCAGUCAGUGAGGCUGGAUGACUCUUUUGUCCGGGGUCAUCUACGAGAAGGCAAAUGUCACCUUUCUCUGGGCAAUGCUAUGGCUGCCUGUCGCUGCUUCCAGAAAGCUCUAGAACUGGAUCACAGAAAUACUCAGGCACAACAGGAGUUCAAGAAUGCUACUGCUGUUCUAGAAUAUGAGAAGAUAGCUGAAAUGGAUUUUGAGAAACGGGACUAUCGGAAGGUUGUAUUUUGCAUGGACCGAGCCUUGGAAUUUGCCCCUGCUUGUCAUCGCUUCAAAAUCCUCAAAGCAGAGUGUUUAGCAUUAUUGGGUCGCUAUCCAGAAGCACAGUCUGUAGCCAGUGACAUUUUACGGAUGGAUUCCACCAAUGCAGAUGCACUGUACGUGCGAGGCCUGUGCCUUUAUUAUGAAGACUGUAUCGAGAAAGCAGUUCAGUUUUUUGUGCAGGCCCUCAGGAUGGCCCCAGACCAUGAGAAGGCUUGUCUUGCCUGCAGAAAUGCCAAAGCACUCAAAGCAAAAAAAGAGGACGGCAACAAAGCAUUUAAAGACGGGAAUUACAAACUAGCGUAUGAACUCUACACAGAGGCCCUAGGGAUUGACCCUAACAACAUAAAGACAAACGCCAAACUCUACUGUAAUCGGGGAACCGUUAACGCCAAGCUUAGGAAACUAGAUGAUGCAAUAGAAGACUGUACAAAUGCUGUAAAGCUGGAUGACACAUACAUCAAAGCCUACCUGAGAAGAGCACAAUGUUACAUGGAUACAGAACAAUAUGAGGAAGCAGUACGGGACUAUGAAAAAGUAUAUCAGACAGAGAAAACGAAAGAACAUAAGCAGCUCCUGAAAAAUGCACAGCUGGAACUAAAGAAGAGCAAAAGGAAAGAUUACUAUAAAAUCCUGGGUGUGGACAAGAAUGCAUCUGAGGAUGAAAUCAAAAAAGCCUAUAGGAAGAGGGCCUUAAUGCACCAUCCAGAUCGACACAGCGGGGCCAGUGCUGAAGUCCAAAAGGAGGAAGAGAAGAAGUUCAAAGAAGUUGGCGAAGCCUUCACUAUCCUCUCUGACCCCAAGAAAAAGACUCGAUAUGACAGUGGGCAAGACCUCGAUGAGGAGGGCAUGAACAUGGGCGAUUUUGAUGCCAACAACAUCUUCAAGGCAUUCUUUGGUGGUCCAGGGGGUUUCAGCUUUGAAGCAUCAGGUCCAGGGAAUUUCUUUUUCCAGUUUGGCUAAAAGAAGGGGGAAUAAAACCAACCAACUCAGAACCCAGAGAAUGCAGAUGUGCUCGUUUUAAUUUUGAAUACGGACAUAAUUAGACUCCUCCCUUCAUCAUGUCUCCUUGUACUUAGAGCAGUUUCAUUUUCUCAGUUGGAUACCUCUAUGUCUGUGAGUGGGGGUGGAGGAAGGGGAGCCAGCGCUGAAGA